GUCUGGUUUUAAGGGGUGGAGCAGCAGCAGCAGUUCAGUCCUGCUUGUGGCUCACACCACAGGUGUGAACUGCAAGAUGUCACUUCUUCCUAUUUUGUCAUUUAAUGUUUAAAAAGUGUCAUAAAGCCUAGACUGUGUGAUAGCUGAUGGCACAGAGCAGCACCAGCUUCUCACGGGACAAACUUCUACCACCUGGAGCGCAACGCUGGCUGCAGCAAAUGAUGUCCUUACUGAAGAUAUUGUUGGACAUCAGCUGAUCAGUCUCCUCCUGAUUGAUGGACUGCAGUUAAUUUGGAGUACAAAGGCUUUGUUGAUCUUCUUGAGGCUUUGUUGUUCUUCUUGAGCUGACCAUCGAUCAUGGUUGGGACAGGAGCUGCCGAUCUGGCUCCUUCGGUUGCUGUGAAGGUCUUCUCAGCUGGAACAGCUGCCUGUGUGGCCGACUUGGUCACUUUCCCCCUGGACACAGCCAAAGUCAGACUGCAGAUUCAAGGUGAAGCCAUGCCGUUAGUGUUGGGCCAGAAAGCAAAAUUCAGAGGUGUGUUUGGCACCAUCUUCACCAUGGUGACGACCGAAGGCCCACGGAGUCUGUACAGUGGCCUUGUGGCAGGACUGCACAGACAAAUGAGCUUUGCCUCGGUCCGUAUUGGCCUGUACGACACAGUAAAGCAGUUGUACAGCAGAGGCUCAGACAACGUAGGAAUCGGGAUCCGGCUGCUGGCCGGCUGCACCACUGGGGGGAUGGCGGUGGCCUUUGCUCAGCCCACAGACGUGGUCAAAGUCAGGUUCCAGGCUCAGGUGCGGCUGCCAGAGAGUGGUUCUGUGAAGAGGUACAACAGCACCAUGGACGCCUACAAGACCAUCGCCAGGGAUGAAGGCAUCAGAGGACUCUGGAAAGGGUGUCUGCCAAAUAUAACUCGGAACGCUAUCGUAAACUGCUCUGAGCUGGUGACCUAUGACAUCAUCAAAGAGUUCAUCCUGAAGUACAACCUGAUGACAGACAACAUGCCGUGUCACUUCACUGCUGGCUUCGCGGCCGGUUUCUGCACCACCAUUGUAGCGUCUCCGGUGGAUGUGGUGAAAACGCGAUUCAUGAACUCGGUGCCUGGACAGUACAGCGGUGCCUUGAACUGUGCCCUCACCAUGUUCAUUAAAGAGGGGCCCACAGCUUUCUAUAAGGGAUUUGUGCCAGCGUUUCUUCGUCUGGGAUCCUGGAACAUUGUGAUGUUUGUGAGCUUCGAGCAGAUCAAGAGAGCCGCAGUGAGAUUUCAACAGUCCUUAUAGUCUUCAUCUUAUCCCCUCUGACAGCUGGUAUGAAGAAGCAGGCAGGUUGACGGUGGUGACGGCUGCUGGUCUGGACUUGUUUCUCCUCAGGGAAAAGGGAAGACUGCCCAUCUUAUCUGAGCGGUCACACUGAAGAAUCACAGCAGGGAUUCAUCAUCUUGAACUUUCUGUGACUUGAAAAUUAGAAAUGCUGACAAUGUUCUCUUUUCAUAGAAAACAUUUCACAUCUCAGGAGGAAAAUUAAAUUAAAGAAAUGGCUAAAUUUAGUUGUAGCUGCUUCCAUUUUAGAAUCCUCUAAUAACCGUGAGCAUAAUGUGAAUCAAAUGAUCUGAGCGACACCUGUUUUGCUCUCUGUCUAUAGCCUUGUAAGUAUUAUUAUAAGUUUAUAGUGUGAUCAGGAGGCUUUAAUUGAUCCCAAAGAAGAGACAAAUGUCCUAUACUGCAAUGAAACAUGUAAACGUCAUAAAAAGGGUCAAAAAUCCAUUUAGCUCAUAAAAUUUCACAAAGCCAGAUUCGAAAAUGGCCAACCGUGUCAUGCACAACUUCCACUGCCAGGACAGCAAGCUAAAAGCUACGCUAACUGGCUAACCUGUUCACAGAACACGGAGCCAUAUAAAAUACCUCGACUCAAACAAAAUUAAGUAUACCCCAUAUUCCACUUGUCACAAAACCUGUUUUUAUACCCAAUUUAACCUCUUUUUUUGACAGCACAUUUCGGCUGGAGCUGCCAUUCUCUUACUCUUGGCUUGUUUGGUAAGUUUUUGUCAGAAUUUCAAACACUAAACUUGUGCGAAAACACAUUUGAGCUUCCUGACUUAAGCCAUGGAGGAUGAAUGACUUCAGUGUGCUCCGCUGUAAAAACACUACAUUUUGUCUAUGGAUUUUGGUGUGGGAGAGCGAGUGGUUUACACACUUUUCUUUCCAAUAAAAGGUUGCAGGAGUAAAUCAGUAUAAUGUGGUGUGGUGUUGGUGAGGAUAACAGUUAAUUAAUUAAUUAAUUAAUACAAUAGGAAUGUUUUAAAUGCUAAAAAUAUGAGAUGUUUCUGUGUGGAUAGAAUUAACUAAUAGAGUAAUAAUAAUAAUAAUAAUAAUAGGUUUUUAUUUGUACACUGGAACCACAUUCAUAAAAUAUAUUUCACAAAUGAAAUAAUAAUAACAACAAUAAGUAUUUUAAUACAAAGCAGGUGUGUGUUUGUGUAUAUCUGUCCGUCUGUCUUAAACUUCAAUGUCGGAAGCUUUUAGCCAAAUGCCGGUGUGUGUGGGAAUUAUAUUGAAAGCUUUUCGAUAAUUCUCUCUAAUUCAAUUACAAAUUUUAACCCAUUUGUCAAUUAAAAAAAGUUUAAACCUAUUUAUUUAUUUAACAAGAAACGGGAGGUGCUUAUCUCGUCAACCUGCUGAAAGACCUGUUUUUUUUGGAGCAGUAGAAUUCACUUUUCGUGGACGCUUCUCUUUGUUUUUGUUUCACUUUACUACCUCAGGGUUUCUGUUGCCUCCAUCUGUCUUGAUGGUAAAUGAAUCACUUCCUGUGUGCGGCACGGAAACACUGAGAAAACACAGAGGGAGUUGUUUAUCAGGAGCUGAUAAAUUGGCAUUGUGAGAACUCAUUUAACAAAAGUUUGAAUGUAACAGAUGUUUGUUAGUGUUAAAACCUAUGCAAGACAGCUUCAACGGAUUUAAUUAUAUGGUAGUUACGAGUGUGGUGGCCUGUAAGUACAAAACAAUAUAAUAUAAUAUUACAGAGCUUUACAAAAUAAGAGAUGAUUACAUUUUAGAAGUUGUAAGAAAUGUAUAUACAAAUGCAAAAACAUUUUUACAAAUCCUGAAAAAAAUUCACAGAAGUUGUGAAAACUGUACAAUUUCCCACAUUUUGGUCAUUUAGUGGCUGCUUACUUUCUAUUUUGUAACAGAACUCUGUUUAUUCCAGUAGAACAACCAUAGCCAUCAAUAAUCAGAAAACUGGUGAACAUAUAUAUGUAUAUAUAAAUAUAUAUAUAUAUAGAAAAAAUAUACUGUAUUUUUGAGAAAUGUACAAUGACUAAAAUAUGAUCUGAAAAACUUUAUUUUGUGCAGUAACAAAUGUCUCAUUUACAGUAUACAUUUUGCCCUCUGUAUAUUGAGCAGUUGGAGGUUGAACUUGCUAUGUCUCCCCCUGUUGGAAAGUGUUUGUGAUGUACUGUAUAUUUCAGUGCAUUGUCCUUCUGUUUUCAUGUGCAGCCAUCUACGAUAUUACCACUUGUUACAACUGAAUCUUGACUAAAAGGUUGUGAAAAUUUCUGUACAUUUGGGGACCCAAAAACAAAACAUCCAGCGACCCAUCUGUGGGUCCCGACCCAGUGUUUGGGAAUCAGCAGCAGAUGCCUCAGCUGACUCUUGAAGUCCUGUGUACCUAAUAAAGUGGUUGAUGAGUGUAAGUAA